CUCUUCUGCCCACUGCGCAUGCUCCCAAGCUGGACAGCUCCUGAGAGGGAAAUUUGAAAACGGUUGGGAGGCUGAGCGUGCAAAGCCGGGUCUGCAGGAGCGAGCGAGCGGGCGAGCGAGAGCGGAGGGGGAGUCCCUUAGAGGCCACAGAGGUGCCGCCGCCGCCGCCGCCCAGCUCGCCAUCAGGAGAUGAUAGAAAGUGACAUCACGACCAUAAUGUCAGGAAUCAUUAGAAAUUCAGGGCAAAAUCUUCACCCUUCUCCGCAGGAAUACAGGCUCAUGACCUCGGACUCCUCCCGGGUGGCCGAGGAGGAGCUGCCCAGCGACCUGCAGUCUCUCUCCUGGCUGACGGCGGUGGAUGUGCCCCGGCUGCAGCAGCUGGCCAGCGGCCGAAUGGACUUUGGGGGGCCCAGCGCCUUGCUGCAGCCAACAGGUCCCGUGGCAGCCGGCAUGCUCACAGUGGGUGCCCCGGGCACCAUCGGCCACGUGCCAGGCAGCGUGCCCCCCCAGGGCAUGUUGGGGCUCAGCAGCAUCGGGUCCCAUGGAGCCGCUAUGGGCCAGUACCCCAUGGGGGCCCAGCCCUCUCCCAGCCUACAGGACCAGUCCCAGCUCUACGCGGCUCCCUCGCAGCCGCCAUUCACUCUGGCCCAGGGCACACAUCAGGGCCCUCCUGCUGGGAUGUACAGCGUCUCUUUCGGGACCCAGCCCCCAUUCCCCCAGCCCCGCCUCCCCCCACACUCGGCCCAGGACUUGCACCCCAAACACUACCCCAAGCCCAUCUACUCCUACAGCUGCCUGAUCGCCAUGGCCCUGAAAAACAGUAAGACGGGCAGCCUCCCGGUCAGCGAGAUCUACAGCUUCAUGAAGGAACACUUUCCCUACUUUAAGACAGCCCCCGACGGCUGGAAGAACUCUGUCCGGCACAACCUGUCCUUGAACAAAUGCUUCGAGAAGGUGGAGAACAAGAUGAGCGGGUCCUCGCGCAAGGGCUGCCUGUGGGCCCUCAACCUCGCCCGCAUCGACAAGAUGGAGGAGGAGAUGCACAAAUGGAAGAGGAAAGACCUGGCGGCCAUUCACCGCAGCAUGGCCAACCCGGAAGAGCUGGACAAGCUGAUCAGCGACCGGCCGGAGAGCUGCCGCCGCCUGGGAGAACCCGGGGACCCCGAGGUCCCAGUGCUGGGCCGAGUGGUGGCCGCGGCCACGGCCCAGGGCCGGCUCACCACCGCCCGCCUCCCGCCCCAGCCCGUGAUGACCCUGUCUCUGCAGUCGAUCCCCCUGCAGCACCAGCUGCAGCCCCGGGCGGGCCUGGCCCCCGGCUCCCCGGCGCCAGCCCAAACCCCUCCGCUACAUGCCCUGCCCGACGUGAGCUGCAGCCCCCUCCCCACCCAUCAUGCCGUGAGCAGGGGCCCCAUGGACUUUCUCAACGUUGUAGGCGACAUGAGCACAGAGGUGGAUGCUCUGGACCCCAGCAUCAUGGACUUUGCCCUCCAGGGUAACAUCUGGGAUGAAAUGAAGGACGAUGGCUUUAGCUUGGACACCCUCGGGGCCUUCAGCGACUCCCCCCUGCAGCUGUCAGACUGCGACCUGGGCACCUCCGGACUCACGCCCGUCUCCAGUGGCAGUGACCAAUCCUUCUCAGACUUGCAGGUCACCAGCCUGUACGCCACCUAUGCGGCCUCAGGGGACAAUGGGCCUUCCUCCUCUGCCCAGUACCUGGGCACCCCAGGGAACAAGCCCAUCGCCCUGCUCUGA